CCUGCAGCAGCGCUGAGUGCGAGAGGGAGACUGAGAGAGCAGAUACAGUCAGAUCAUAUGGAGUGACGGCCAGCGAUGCCAGUGGAAACCCUGCAAGAGUACAGCGUAUACCUGAGAAAUACGGACGUCUGAGAGAAUUACAGGACUAUCUUCUUUGGAUACAUCACUGAAAUUAGCUAAAAAUCAGAUUUCAUCAACUAACAUUAAGGAGAAGUGAAUUGUACAGGCGAAUCUGUGUUUACAAGGGAUUCUCAGCCAUCAUUUGCCAAAUAAAUGGCAUGAAACGCGGUUGUCAAUAGGUGAAGUGCACAUGGAUGUUUCAGCUCUGCUCUUUUGUCUUUAUAGAGAACAUUGUGUGUCUGUCCAAGAUCAGCUGAGUGAGUGUUUAUCAGAUGUUGAGAUGAUGUUCUGCAUGUUCUCAGGACAAGUUCAUUUGUCUGAUAUGAAGUUAUAAAUCAGCGUGGCUUUGGGUGUAUUUUCUUACAAACAAGUGCAUAUUAACAUGUAAUUUGUUUCCAAUUAAAAAAGUAAACCAGCAGUAAGCAAUCAUGGUAGAACCUGUUGGCUUUGUGGAAGCGUGGAAAGCUCAGUUCCCUGACUCAGAUCCUCCUGAGAUGUCUUUGAACUCUGUUGGAGACAUAGAGCCGGAGCUGGAGAAAUGCAGAAACUCUAUUAGGCAUCUGGAGAUGGAAGUGAACAAGGAGCGCUUUCGAAUGAUCUACCUACAAACGCUUCUGGCCAAGGAGCGGAGAAGCCAUGACUCUCAGCGAUGGGGUUUCAGUAGGGUCUCACAAGGUGAGCGAAAGCCAGCGUCCAUGGACACCCAUCAUCAGAAAUCUGAUGGAAGCAGGUGUCUCCCAGCCAAACUGAAGCACACAACCGCAGCAGAGGACAGCCAUGAGUCUCAGCCUUGUGUUGAGGUGGUGGGAUGUGAUGUCUCGGACUUGGACAGGCAGAAAAACGGAGAUGGAGAAGUUGACGGGAUGUCUCCAUACAAAAGAAGGAGCGUUGAAGCUCCACUCAGGCCCAUUGCUGGACGUGGACUUGCGCACCAUGAGACGGAUGUUGUUCCAGAGUCUCCACCAAAGGAGAAGGUCACCACAGGGUUGGGAGUCGCUGCGCUUCGGUCAAACUUUGAACGUAUCAGAAGAGCCAAUUCUCAAACAUCUGGCGAGGGGAAAAGUGAGAGGCCUUACUAUGUCAACAUGGAGUACCACCACGAGAAAGGUCUUGUUCGGGUAAAUGAUAGAGACGUCUCAGGGAAGAUAAGUAGUCUGGGCAGUCAAGCUAUGCAGAUGGAGCGCAAGAGAUCUUUGCAUUCUGUCCCAGGUAAUCUGUCCACUGCUUUUGGGGACAUCCGUAAACCAGAGCGGUCUCAUGAAAGAGCCAUGGACAGUGGUUACAACUGUGAGUACGAGGAGCCUGAUCUAAACCCUGGGUUUGUCAAGGACAGUUCAGUAAGACUUAAUGGAAGAAGAGCACCUCAGCAGAACUGGCACCAGUCAGACUGUCAGCCCUAUACGACUGUUUAUGUGGGGGGCAUUAUGGGAGACGGAGAGGACCUGCACUUGACCUGGCCCAGGCGGUCUUACUCGCCUGGAAGUUUUGAGGAUGGAUACACGCCGGAUUGCAGCUCCAAUGAAAACCUGACAUCCAGCGAAGAAGACUUCUCCUCAGGGCAGUCCAGCCAUGUGUCCCCAAGCCCCACCGCCUACCGAAUGUACAGAGAGAAGAGUCGCUCUCCAUCCCAGCACUCCCAGCAGUCUUUUGAAAGUGGCAGCCCCCCUACCCCACAGUCCCAAAAGCGUCUCAAGCAACAGCUAGCGCUCUCCAACGCCAAUGUUGUUGGUGUCCGCAAGAUCUGGCCUGCUGAUGGAGGCUCCAACAACUUCAGCAACAGUUUCCUUGGAGAUCUGGACAUCUCAUUUAGCGGGACCCCGCCUCCAGCGUAUGUUUAUGAUGGCGAUCGAGGUGAGGACCAUCGUAUGCAGCCUGAUGUUGCGUCCUACACGGAUGAUUCCCUCUCCUCUCUGCGCCUUCACACGAAGGGUCGAAUUAUUAGAGAGCCCCCUUCCUCGGGGUCCCUGGAGUCCACUAAAUCAUCGGAGUUGGAUGUCGAAAAAGGGUUGGAGAUGAGGAAAUGGGUCUUAUCAGGGAUCCUGGCCAGUGAGGAGGCCUAUCUGAGCCACUUGGAGGCGCUCUUACUGCCCAUGAAGCCCCUGAAAGCUGCUGCCACCACCUCCCAGCCCAUGUUAACCCUCCAGCAGAUAGAAACCAUUUUCUUCAAAGUGCCUGAGCUCCACGAGAUCCACAAAGACUUUUAUGAUGGCCUGUUACCCAGAGUGCAACAGUGGAGCCACCAUCAAUGUGUGGGUGACCUCUUCCAGAAACUGGCCAGCCAGCUCGGCGUGUACAGGGCUUUUGUGGACAACUAUAAGGUUGCUGUGGAAACAGCCGAAAAGUGUUGUCAAGCCAAUUCUCAGUUUGCAGAGAUUUCAGAGAAUCUGAAAGUCAGGAGCGCUAAAGAGGGUAAAGAUCAGAAUGACAAGAACUCUCUGGAAACGCUGCUGUAUAAACCAGUGGAUCGAGUCACUCGCAGUACCCUCGUCCUCCACGACCUGUUGAAGCACACCCCAUCCAGUCAUCCAGAUCACCCCCUCCUGCAGGAUGCCCUCCGCAUUUCCCAGAACUUCCUCUCCAGCAUUAAUGAGGAGAUCACGCCCCGCCGUCAGUCUAUGACAGUGAAGAAAGGAGAGAAUCGACAGCUUCUCAGAGACCAGUUUAUGGUGGAGUUAGUAGAAGGAGCACGAAAACUUCGGCAUGUCUUCCUCUUUACCGACCUGCUGCUUUGUGCCAAAUUGAAGAAACAAACCGGAGGGAAGGGGCAGCAGUAUGACUGUAAGUGGUAUAUCCCACUAGCUGACGUCACCUUUCAGACCAUCGAUGAAUCUGAGUCUUCACCGGUCUCCCAGAUACCAGAGGAGGAGAUAGAUGCUAUGAAGGUCAAGAUCUCCCAGAUCAAGAACGAGAUUCAGAGAGAAAAGAGAGUUUGUAAAAGAGGUAAAGUCCUUGAUCGUCUCAGGAAGAAACUGUGUGAACAGGAAUCGCUGCUGCUGCUCAUAUCUCCAUGCAUGGCCUUCAGAGUCAGUAACAGGAAUGGCAAGGGCUAUACAUUCCUGAUUUCAUCUGAUUACGAGCGAGAAGAAUGGAGGGAGAUCAUUCGUGAACAGCAGAAAAAGUGUUUCAAGAGUUUUUCUUUGACUUCCCUGGAGUUGCAGAUGCUCACUAACUCCUGCGUGAAGCUACAGACAGUUCACAAUGUUCCUCUGACAAUCAAUAAAGAAGAUGAUGAAUCCAUGGGGCUGUAUGGCUUUCUAAAUGUGAUUGUUCAUUCUGCAACAGGGCUGAAACAGAGCUUGAAUCUGUACUGUACAUUGGAGGUGGACUCAUUCGGCUAUUUCGUGAACAAAGCAAAAACUCGUGUGUAUAGAGACACCACAGAGCCAAACUGGAAUGAGGAGUUUGAGAUCGAGUUAGAGGGCUCUCAGACCCUCAGACUGCUGUGCUACAGUAAGGUCAAACAGUGCAGGGAUGAUGGGGAGAACAUGGAUCGCAUCAUGGCCAAAGGACAGAUUCAGCUGGAUCCUCCAUCGCUGCAGGGUAAAGACUGGCAGAGGACAGUCAUCAGCAUGAAUGGGAUUGAGGUCAAACUGUCUAUGCGGUUUACCAGCAGAGAGUUCAGUCUGAAGAGGAUGCCGUCCAGGAAACAGUCCGGAGUGUUUGGAGUCAAAAUUGGGGCUGUUACUAAACGGGAGCACUCCAAAGUGCCUCUUAUUGUGAGACAGUGUGUAGAAGAGAUUGAGCGCAGAGGGAUGGAGGAACUGGGCAUCUAUCGUGUCUCUGGUGUGGCCACAGACAUCCAAGCCCUAAAAGCUGCCUUUGAUGCCAACAAUAAAGACGUUUCCGUUAUGAUGAGUGAGAUGGACGUGAAUGCCAUUGCUGGAACGCUGAAGCUUUACUUCAGAGAGCUUCCUGAGCCCCUCUUCACUGACGAACUCUACGCAAAUUUCACUGAAGGCAUUGCAUUAUCAGACAGUGUGGCAAAGGAAAGCUGUAUGCUCAAUUUGUUGCUCUCGCUACCUGAACCCAACCUGCUGACCUUCCUGUUUCUACUGGACCAUCUGAAGAGGGUUGCUGAGAAUGAGAGCGUCAACAAGAUGUCCUUCCACAAUCUCGCCACAGUAUUCGGCCCGACCCUCCUUCGCCCCUCUGAAAAGGACAGUAAAAUUCCAGCCAAUCCCACGCAGCCCAUCUCUAUGAGUGACAGCUGGUCUCUUGAGGUUAUGUCUCAGGUCCAGAUAUUACUGUACUUCCUGCAGCUGGAGGCGAUCCCUACGCCAGAUAGUAAACGGCAGAGUAUGCUUUUCUCCACAGAGGUUUGAAAAGGAGCUCAGAUGCAUUAUGGUGUGAAAUGCACUGGGACUGAUUCAGCAUGCGACCAAUGGAGGGCACCAACAUCCUACUGAAAUCUUACAAGCGGAGUGAAUUCUCAGCAUCAGUAGCAUUCUGUUGAUAUUUCUGUAGUGAAGAAUGACAAGCCAGUCUGAUAUCUUCUCAUGGACUCACUGUUACAAGCACUUAAGAGUUCCAUUCAACAUGCAGGUGAUGUUGCUUAUUUUCACUCUCAUCCAUUGUAGGAUUUCUGACUGAAUGGUGGCUCACACUUUGAGUGCCAAGCUUCUCGUAGAUCAUUGGAUGGUGAAUGUUAUUCUUGUGUUUUCUCUUGUUCCUUUCAGCGCUGUGGGUUUCUAAAGAAUUACACAUUCCAGUUUUCCAUAAACGCUUUAUUUGAUCUGACAUUUUGCUCACCUAUGAUUUAUGUCUUCCCAUGGCGAGGGCUACGGAACAUCUGAAUACGUAAAUCAUAAGGAGGAACACAUUUAUAUGGCCCCUUUCUGAUGGAUAAAACACAACACAGAGAACUAAAAUGUGAGGUUCUUUAACCAACGUGUGACUAUGGUCAACAUGUUUGCAUAUUAGUUCAUAACUAAAAAGAAUAUACGACACAAUUAUAGUUUACCGUUCCCAUGAUUCCCAAGUAUGUACAUUCCUUUUGUUUUAUGAAAACAUUUCUCUGUUUUAUCUCACAUAAAUCCAACUAAUAUUGGAUUACUGAGCCUAUAUUAAAACAAUACAGUGCGCAUUGGUCAUAUCACAUGAUAUUAUAGGACUGUAACACAUUAUUUUUCAGUACUGUUUAAACUGGAAACCUCACAUAACUUAGGAAAUAAAACAUAAAAUAGUUUUAAAUCUUUAUAUAAUUUAAGGUAUUAUAGGAAAUGAUUAACCGUAACUGAUGGACUCAGUAUAUUCAAAUGGAUAUAGGAGUUCUCCAUCAGAAUAAUAUCACUGCUACAUUAGUUUUCUGUAUUUAAGAAAUAGCAAAAAUGAACUUAAUUCAAACACUGUACAUUUUUCUUGUUUAAUCAUUUGGGUUCAUUAUAUUUUCACUUUGUAAAACUUUGCUGUUCACAAAACUUGCAAGCACUUUGCGAUCCUGAACAGUGUCAAUAUCUUGCCCUGUUAAGUGUGUGUGUGUAAAUUGUUCAGUUUAUUAUGGCUAAUAUGCAUAUAUCUGUAUUAUGUUGUUCAGAACAAAGGAGAGGUUGUGUAUUAUUUGGAUGUCAUGUAACAUGCAGGCAUGUUGUUUUGUUAAUGACUUAUUUUUCUUUUAGAGAUUUGCUUUAGUUAUUGUGCCACGCUUGCGUAUUUCCUUUAGACUAAGGAAAACAGACAUUCCUGUAAUUGUGUUGAAGAUCAUUGCCUUUCUCUGUUCUUAUUCCAUUGUAUGUUCUGGAAUCUGCACUUCCUUUAUCAAGCUCCUGCUUGAAUUACAGCUAUAUCCAUUCCUCCUUUUUCUCUCUUUUAUUUGAUCCGUUGCACGCUGUACUGAUGAAGAUAUUCCUGGCUGCUAUUUUACAACCCAGCUUCCAUGAUGAGGAAAUGUCCUGUAUAUGGAUAAAUUUGGCACAGUGUGGAUUAAGGAGAUGGAUCACAAUAAACUCCUUCAUCCUCUUGUUUCCACAGAGCCGUUGACUGUUCUGUGUGUUUAUCUGACCGAUGGCCAAGUACAUUAAACAGUCCUCAAUAGAGAUAGCAUUACUCCCCAGAAGACGUUAGGACACAGUGGUUUGCGUUCAGCAUUCUUUCCUCUCCUGGAGCACUACUGCUGAAACAAUAGACUUCGUUUAUUAUUAUUACUGGACAAUAUUGAAACUGCACAAUGCUAUUGUAUGGGAGACCUGUAACAUUAAAUGUGGCCAUGUGAUUCUGUACAAAGUAAAUGAAUAAUAAAUUUAAA